ACAGCGGAUCAUCAAGAGUAGUUGGGUGCUUUUUGUGAAUAAGGAGCUUCUUAUAUAUAAUAAUUGUAACUGAAGUGCUAUUAUAUGUAUACUUUGAUUAUUGACCAAUAAUCAUGUCAUGUUGGUUAUCAGAAGAUCAAAAGGAAAGCAGGCGAAUAAACGAGGAGAUUGAGAAAAUUAUCAAAGCAGACAGAAAGAAAAUGAAAUAUUUUAUUAAACUCCUAUUGCUGGGUACGGGUGAAUCGGGAAAAACAACGUUUCUCAAACAAAUGCGCAUUAUAAAUAACGAUGAGUUUUCGAACGAAGAGAAGCUUAGCUACACUAGGACUGUGUACCGAAACAUAUUCAUGGCUAUGCAGUCAAUGAUCAAGGCUAUGGACGAACUUGAAAUAUCCUAUAGUGAUGUUAAAAAUAUUGAUUGCGCUGAGCUCGUUUCGUUAGUUGAUUGUGACACAAUGAAAACCUUGAAAGAUCCCUUUUUGAGUGCCAUUAAAUGUCUUUGGAAGGAUUUUGGCAUACAGAAGUGUUAUAGUCGUCGAAAAGAAUAUUAUUUAAUGGAUUCUGCAGAAUACUUUCUCUGUGAAAUAGAACGAAUUGAAAAGCCCGAUUAUAUACCGAGUGAACAGGAUAUUUUGCGAGUACGUUCAGCGACAACUGGAAUCAAUCAAUACGAUAUUAAAAUGGAUCGAUUUGUAAUCCGUAUGGUUGACGUAGGUGGACAGCGCUCGGAACGUAAGAAAUGGAUCCAUUGCUUCGAGAAUGUAGACCUUAUAAUAUUUUUGGUGGCAAUUUCCGAGUACGAUCAAAAUUUGUGUGAAUCCGAAAAUGUUAAUAGAAUGGAGGAAUCGAAAGCUUUAUUCGAAACCAUAGUUAAUUCCCACUGGUUCGAAAAAUCAGCGUUUGUUCUGUUUCUUAACAAGAUAGAUCUGUUUGAGGAUCAAAUCAAAGAUCAAGACAAACAAUUGGUGAAAUUUUAUCCUCUGUAUGAAGGACCAAAGGGCGAUUCAAAGGCAGCCCGUGACUUCAUUCGAAGGAUGUUUCUUAGUUUGAACCACGACUACGAGAGGGACCUCUAUUGUCAUUACACAUGCGCUACGGAUACUUCUAACAUGAAACUCGUCUUCGCCGCUGUAAAAAAUACGAUUAUGAGCAAUUUAUUAGAAUCCAUAAACAUAUCUUAAAAUAAAUCAUUUCGGUAGGAAAUAAUUUGUUUAUGUAUCCA